UCCGAUCCGGGUCUGGCCAUUCCCGGGGCAGGUUAAAAAAGAUGGCUGAAGAUGGCAGUGAGGAGAUUAUAUUUAUUUGGUGUGAGGACUGUGGGCAGUACCAUGAUUCAGAGUGUCCUGAGCUGGGCCCAGUGGUGACAGUCAAAGACUCCUUUGUGUUGAGCAGGGCAAGAUCAUCUCUGCCUUCUAAUUUGGAGAUAAGACAGUUGGAGGAUGGGACUGAGGGAGUGUUUGCUCUGACUCAGCUGGUGAAACGUACCCAGUUUGGCCCCUUUGAAUCCAAGAGAGUUCUCAAGCUGGAGGAAGAAUCAGUUUUUCCCCUGAAGGUGUUCCAGAAGGAAGGGCCCCUGGUGUAUUUUGACACCACAAACGAAGAUGAUUGCAACUGGAUGAUGAUGGUGCGCCCAGCCACCGAGUAUGAGCAUCAAAACUUAACUGCCUUCCAGCAUGACAAUGACAUUUACUUCACCACCUGCCAGGACAUCCCCCCAGGAACUGAGCUGCGAGUGUGGUAUGCAGCUUUUUACGCCAAAAAAAUGGAAAAGCCAGUGCUGAAGCAGGUCACUAGUGUUGCCAAUGAUACAUCCUUGGUAGCAAUGGAAUCUGAUAAAGAGGGGAAUAAUAAGGUCUCUUCAAGACCUUCAUCUGCUGUCUUACCCCAUAAAAAAACUAAGAAAUCCAGCAUACUAGCAGCUGAUCCAGCAGUGAACACUCCAGAAGGCAGUGGAACAGCAGAAGCAAAACCCAACCAGUGGACGUGUAAAGUGUGUUCAUCUGCUUUCCAAGAGCCCCAGCUGCUGACAGAGCACUUGCUGAGUCACCUGGAACAAGCCAAAGGUGCCCCCCCAAGCAGCCAAAAUGAUGCUGAGAAAGGAGAGAAAGCAGCAGAGGCUGUGCCAGCUGAUCAACCAGUGGCAAGUGAUGAAGCCAGUGCCAGCACAGACUCAAGGAGAAAGGCCAGGAGGGGAAGAAAAGCCAAAACAGCAAAAGUAGAAACACCUGUAGUCAUUGAUGAAGAGAAAGAUUCUGCAGUGGAACGUGUGGCUGAUGCUGUCACUGAGGUCCCUCCAGAGGAGGUGGCCCUGCCUCCAGCUCCAGAAGAGAGGAUUAUGGAUCUGGUUUUAGGAAAGAUGCCCAGCACCACAAACAGCAUCAGCUCAGUGACAAAUAGGUUUGCUCAUCACCAAAACACCAUGUCCCUCAAAAGAAGUUUAAUUCUCUCCAGUAGACACGGGAUUCGGCGGAAGCUGAUAAAGCAGCUGGGGGAGCACAAGAGGGUCUAUCAGUGCAGCAUCUGCAGUAAGAUCUUCCAGAACAGCAGCAACCUCAGCAGGCACAUCCGUUCUCAUGGUGACAAACUGUUUAAAUGUGAGGAAUGUGCAAAGCUGUUCAGCAGGAAGGAGAGCCUGAAGCAGCACGUGUCAUACAAGCACAGCAGGAAUGAAGUGGACAGUGAGUACAGGUACCAGUGCACCACGUGUGAAAAGGCCUUUCGGAUAGAGAGUGCGUUGGAAUUCCACAACUGCAGGACAGAUGACAAGACAUUCCAGUGUGAGAUGUGUUUCAGAUUCUUCUCUACAAACAGCAACCUUUCAAAACACAAAAAAAAGCACGGGGAUAAGAAAUUUGCAUGUGAGAUCUGCAAUAAGAUGUUCUACAGGAAGGAUGUCAUGCUGGACCAUCAAAGGCGGCACUUGGAAGGGGUGAGGCGUGUGAAGAGAGAAGACUUUGAGCACAGCACGGAGAACAUGGUUCGCUACAAGAAGGAGCCCUCGGGGUGCCCCGUGUGUGGGAAGGUAUUUUCAUGUAGGAGCAAUAUGAACAAACACCUUUUAACACACGGAGACAAGAAAUACACGUGUGAGAUCUGUGGACGUAAAUUUUUUAGGGUGGAUGUGUUGAGAGAUCAUAUUCAUGUCCAUUUUAAGGACAUAGCCCUAAUGGAUGAUCACCAGAGGGAAGAAUUCAUUGGUAAAAUUGGAAUCUCAUCAGAGGAAAAUGAUGACAACUCUGAUGAAAGUGCAGAUUCAGAGCCUCACAAGUAUAGCUGCAAAAGGUGCCAGCUGACCUUUGGCAGAGGGAAGGAGUACCUGAAGCACAUCAUGGACGUGCACAAGGAGAAGGGUUACGGCUGCAGCAUCUGCAACCGGCGCUUCGCCUUGAAGGCCACGUACCACGCACACAUGGUCAUCCACAGGGAGAACCUGCCCGACCCCAAUGUGCAGAAAUACAUCCAUCCAUGUGAAAUCUGUGGGAGGAUUUUUAACAGUAUAGGAAAUCUGGAAAGACAUAAACUUAUACAUACAGGUGUAAAAAGUCAUGCUUGUGAGCAAUGUGGCAAAUCAUUUGCUAGAAAAGACAUGUUAAAAGAACAUAUGCGAGUCCAUGAUAAUAUCCGAGAAUACUUGUGUGCAGAGUGUGGCAAAGGAAUGAAGACAAAACAUGCCCUUCGUCACCACAUGAAGCUUCACAAAGGGAUUAAGGAAUACGAGUGCAAGGAAUGUCACCGAAAAUUUGCACAGAAAGUCAACAUGCUGAAGCACUACAAGAGACACACAGGAAUCAAAGAUUUCAUGUGUGAGCUCUGUGGCAAGACGUUCAGCGAGAGAAAUACAAUGGAGACUCACAAGCUGAUUCAUACAGUAGGAAAACAGUGGACGUGUUCAGUGUGUGAUAAGAAGUAUGUCACUGAUUACAUGCUGCAGAAGCACAUCCAGCUCACCCAUGACAAAGUUGAAGCCCAGAGCUGUCAGCUGUGUGGGACAAAGGUUUCUACCAGGGCGUCCAUGAGUCGACACAUGAGGCGUAAACACCCAGAGAUUCUUUCAGUGAGGAUUGAUGAUUUAGAGCCACUGCCAGAGACUACGACCAUUGAUGCCUCUUCAAUUGGGAUUGUUCAGCCGGAAUUAGCCUUGGAACAGGGUGAGCUACCAGAAGGGAAGCAGCACGUAAAAGCUCCAAAACGUGGCCAGAAACAAAAACAAAAGUCAGGUGAGGAGGAGGAAGCUCAAGUGCCUGAGGACCCUGCCUUCAGUGAAUACACAGAGAAGGAAGGUGAAUUCACAGGGAAUGUUGGAGAUGAGACUAAUUCAGCUGUACAGAGCAUCCAACAGGUGGUGGUGACCCUCAGCGACCCAAACGUCACAGCCCCCUCCAGCUCCGUGGGGCUCACCAACAUCACCGUGACCCCCAUCACCACGGCAGCUGGCACCCAGUUCACCAACCUGCAGCCCGUGGCCGUGGGCCACCUGAGCACCCCGGAGCGGCAGCUGCAGCUGGACAACUCCAUCCUGACGGUCACCUUCGACACGGUCAGCGGCUCGGCCAUGCUGCACAACCGCCAGAGUGACAUUCAGCUCCCGCCGCAGCCCGAGGCACCCAACCCCCAGUCCGUGGCUCAUUUCAUAAACCUGACCACCCUGGUGAACUCCAUUGCUCCCCUGGGGAACCAGAUCACAGAGCAGCACCCCCUGAGCUGGAGGUCGGUGCCUCAGACUGAUGUCCUGCAGCCCCCGGCGCCGGCCGCGCCGCAGCAGCCGGGCCAGCAGUCGGUCCAGACAGAGCAGCAGCAGCAGCAGAUGUACAGCUACUGAUUUAUACUGGGGGAGGUGCUGGCCUGGACACUACUCAGAGACACAAAACAAAAAAAAACACGCAGACCUUUGGAAAAUUUCUAAUAGGGUUGUUUGCUGGAUACCAAACACAGAUGGGAAAAUGUUUAUACAAUGAAACUUAAGCUGAAAUUGGCAGAUCACCCUGCAACACCCCAGUCUGAGGUUCUCACGCUGUCUCUGGACCUUGCACUGUCUUAAAAAAUAACAGAAAGGGAAAAAAAAAAAUCUCACCACAAAUUUAGCAGCCCCUUGCAGUUGUGCAGUAAGAUUGAGAUUUGACAGGUGCAUCAUCACAUACCUUAACCAAAGCAGGGAAAUCCUAAAUUUUGCAGCACUUGUGAUAUACAAAAACCUUUCACUUCACUUUUCAUACCACAUCACUUCUUUCCAAGUCUGGAAAUGACAUCUGAAGACCUUGUUCACAGUGGGUGGAAUGUCCUUGUGGUCAGCUGGUAGAGACUGAAAUGUGAAGGCACAAAGGGGCAAAACAUGAGUUGUCUUGUUUCUUAUCUUCUUUAGGUCUUGUAUCUAACAACAUCGGUAAAGUAGGUGGAAUUUGGGGUUUUUGGGGUGGGCAUGAGUGUGGUGUGGAAGGAAAUGUUACCAAUUAUUUCCAUUUUAGUCAUGGGAAAAGCCCUGUACCCAUCAGCCAGUGUUAGUGCUACUUGAGCCAGAGAGCUGAUCUAAUGCUGAAGCAAACUUUUAUGGUCUUCUAGUCGAGUUUCAAUCAAACCAAUUACAAACUGAAAGAAGAAUGUGAUACAAUUUUAUGUAAUUUUUUUAAACCUGCUCUUUCAAUUUUGCUUUUAGCUAAUAGGCCUGAAAAGCAAUCAGUCCCAUUUAAUGAAGUUCAGGAUGUGAAUUUUUUUCAAUUAGACUUAUUUCAUGGUGUAAUAAACACUUGAGAAAACAUUCUUUUUAUAUAUAUAUGCAUAUACAUACAUAUAUAUAUAUAUAUAUAUAUAUAGCCUUUGUAUUUUACUGUGUGUUCCUGGUGAGUAUUUGUGUGAAAAACACUGUUGCCAACACGAUUCAGUAAUUUUUUUCAUCCCCAUGUUGCCCCUUCUCAUGGAAAAAACUUACGGAUUCUGUUCCUUCUGUUUCCAAAAAUUUAUUUCCAAAGUUCACAGCCACACCCAAGGUUGUGUGAAGUGCAAGAAAAAGGAAUGUCUGACACAUAUUCUGUGUCCUGCCACAGGGAGUCAGUGUGCCCCAGUGUAUAAUGGGUGAGGUUUGCAUGGCUGCUGGGGAUGCAAAUUGUGGGUUGGGUCAAACACCUUUGCUGACAGUGCCCCUUCAUUUCAUUCUCCAUCCAUGGAUGUGCAGUCUGGACUUAUGCAUGUCAAGAAGA